GUUUUUAGAUGGAGAGAUGUUCAAAGUUUCGCACCCAACAUUGCAGUCAGCAUCACAUCAUCCGCGCUUGCAGAUAUCAUUCAACCAUUGAUAACACGGCGCUAAGAACUGUGGGGCCUGGUUUUCUAGAAAAUUCAAGCGCUAGAUUAGCUCCCCCCUUCACUUGGCCGUCGUCAAAAGCAUCAGAAUCUUGACAUCAAACUCGUGUAUGGAAACAACUACAUAACACCCGAUUGUAUUGCCCACAACCUACUUUGUGUGUCCUCGUGGAACAUCUUAUGGAACGUACGGAACGCGUUGACCAGCCUUGGACAGAAUGAAAGGACGCCAGCUCCAAGGCCUAAGAAUAAAUGGGCUAUGCCUUAUGCAAAUGUCAAGCAGCUCAAAAUAGCGAUGCGGUCUAGCCAGGCAUCCCGGAAUUUUCCAUCGCCUUUUUUCCAACGUAACGCAGCACAAUCAUCGCAUUGUAUUCUGACAAGUCUUUCAUACCAAAUGCUAUGUGCAGUACAUGGAAAGGACAGUUAUUCGGUGGACCGCCGCGGUUAUAUU